AAGGCCCACUCUGUCAAACAUAAUGCUUUUCUCCAAGUAUUGUAAACCCGAGUACACUGUCCUUAUCUUGAAUAACUGUCUUCGUCUUGUCUUGUAUAUCUUUGCAGUUCUCGAGUAUUCGCUGUCAUCAUCAUGUUGAAAAACUACAAUCACCAAAUGGGAGGUUUUGCUUUGACCAUGGUCGCCUGGCUACUUUGCUGCAUCUCCAUGAGGCUCCCUCAGUGGCAAGUAUGGCACUAUGAAGAUCCUAUGACUUUCAAGCCUACAGUAGCUUUUGUGGGCAUAUGGAGAGCCUGUGUUUUCCACAAUGGCAGCAACUCCAGCAACAUCAGAAUAUGUCAUCAAUACAACUACCGUGACUCCUUUGUUCCACUGUAUAUUCGAAUAAACCAGCACCUGUUGCUGGUGUCUAGCUUGCUUGGGCUCUUUGGGAAAAUCACCACCAUUAUUGCUCUUUGGACCAUGUGUAUGGGAAGAGUACGGCGGAAUGCCAUCUGCAAUCCAUUCAGCCUUUCAGGGAUUCUGAACAUGAUCGCUAGCAGCUUACUUUACCUUGCUGUUUUAUUAAAUUACGUAUCCACCAUUCGCAAGUGGGGGGUUGCCUUCCCACCAUCUUUCAAUAUGCCUUCCCACCCUGACACUCAGAAGAUUGGCAGUGCCAUGGCUCUGGUAAUUAUAGCUGCUGUUUUCUUUCUAUUCAGUGGCACAAUUUUCCUUUCUUCGAAUUUAGCCAUAGGCAAGACACCCCAUUCCAAAAUUUAAAAGUAAAUUGCUGUCUUAUACCACCUUGAAACUCCAGCAAAGAUAACAUUCAUCAUGUGUUUACAUAAGUUUUCAAAGAACUCAAAAUGAUGCCAAAUGUGGCCUGUGGGAAAACAAAUGGUCAAGUUGACCUCAUAUUUUUGUCUUUUUUUGUUUCCUUAAUUCA